GUACCCGGGACCCUACAGAGUGGAGUGGGUGUCUCUGGCGUAGAGGAGCCACGCAGAUAGGCAGGACGUCCUGUGGGAAAGGAGGAGAGAAGAGAGGAAGAGGGGCUGGCUCAGGCUUGGGCCCCUGAUGGUGGCUAUUUUUGUCUCCCCUAGCUGAGUGAUUGGGGACAGCAGGUAAAGGAAAAGAUGCUUAUGGGUGCGGGACGAGACACGGCGCGGGAUGAGGCCCAGAAGCUUCACAGGAAGUGGCUGAAGCACCAGGCCUUCAUGGCCGAGCUGGCCCGCAACAAAGAAUGGCUGGCCAAGAUAGAGCAGGAGGGCCAGGAGCUGAUCGAUGAGAAGCCGGAGCUGCGUUCGGUGGUGCAGCAGAAGCUGGAGGAGAUCAGGGAGUGCUGGACGGACCUGGAGAGCACCACCAAGGCCAAGGCCCGGGCUCUGUUUGAGAACAACAAGCCAGAGCCGGUGGUAAAGAGCUACUCAGACCUGGACCACCAGCUCUCUGGCCUGGAGAAACAGCCCCCCCAGCUGGAGCAGGCUCAUCACCUACCCACCUUCAACGAGCAGCUGCAGAAAUUUCAGUCUCAGAUGGGAAACUUGUACAAGGACGUAGGGGAACUAGGGUCCCUCCAGGGGGUUUGCCUCCCCCAGCGAGGCAGCCUGGUGAAGGGUGGCGAGGGAGAAGGGGGCGAUCAGCCAGCCGUAGUGGAGACCCGCAUCGUGCGCCUCAUCGAGCCCCUGAAGGAGAGACGACGCAUCCUGCUGGCCUCCAAAGAGAUGCAUCAGGUCGCUCAGGACCUGGAGGAAGAGAUACUGUGGAUCCAGGAGCGGCUUCCUCUGGCCUCCUCUAAGGAUUACGGCAACAACCUGCAGAGUGUUCAGCAGCAUGUCAAGAUCAACCAGACACUGCAGAGGGAUCUGCAGGGGCGCCAAGCACGGGUGGAGGAGGUGUUGGACCGGGCGGGGAUAAUCGCCUCUCUGCGGACGCCUGAGGUUGACUUUGUGCGUGAGGGGGCGGGGCAUGUGCGUCAGGUGUGGGAGGUGCUGAGGCUGGAGGCGGAGAGGAGGUCUGUGAUGCUGGAUGUGGUGCUGCUGGCCCAGCAGUACUACAGUGAGGCAGCCAAGGUGGAGUCCUGGCUGGCAGGCCAGAAACUGCACCUCAUCAAUGAGGAGAAGGGCACGGACGAGGAGAGCACCCUGCAGCUGCUGAAGGAGCACCUGGCCUUGGAGGCGACAGUGGAGAACUACGCUGAGACAGUGGGCAUGCUCUCCCAGCAGUGUCAGCGACAGCUGGAGCUGGGGCACCCAGAUAGUGAGGGGAUCACCAAGCAGCAGUCCCACAUAGACCGUCUGUAUGUGUCUCUGAAGGACAUGGUGGAGCACAGGAAGACCAAGCUGGAGCAGCAGUACUGGAUGUACCAGCUCAACAGAGAGGUGGAGGAGUUAGAGAAGUGGAUCACUGAGAGGGAGGCCGUUGCCAGCUCCACUGAGCUGGGUCAAGACCUGGAGCAUGUCACGAUGCUACAGGAAAAAUUCACCAAGUUCUGCUCAGAGACCAACAGCAUAGGCCAGCAGAGGAUGGAGCAGGUGAAUAAGAUGGUGAAUGAGAUGAUAGACUGUGGCCACACGGACGCGGCCACCAUAGCUGAGUGGAAGGACGGACUGAACGAGUCAUGGGCCGACCUACUGGAGCUCAUGGAGACCCGAAGACAGAUGCUGGCAGCAUCACACCAGCUGCACAAGUUCUUCACCGACUGCAAAGAGGUCUUGGCUCAGACUGCGGGGAAGAUGAGGCAGUUGCCAGAGGUGAGGGCGUGCCAAGCCAGCAUCGCCAACCCUGCCACCCUGCAGAGGCUCAUGCUCUCCUUCGAGCACUCCCUCCAGCUGCUCGUCUCACAGGUAAGGCAGCUGCAGGAAAAUGCGGCCCAGCUGAGGACCAUCUAUGCCGGAGAGAAGGCUGAGGCCAUCAUGAGCAAAGAGCAGGAAGUGAUGUCAGCAUGGAAGGAGUUACUGGUUUCCUGUGAGGCCAGUCGUGUGCAGGUCACCUCGGUGACAGACAAGGUGCAGUUCUUCUCGGUGGUGCGCGAGCAGCUCAUGUGGAUGGAGGGCAUCAUGGGACAGAUUGGAGGGGACGAACCCAGGGACUCGUCUUCUGCAGAGGUGAUGAUGAAACAGCAUGGUGAACUGAAAGCCAAGAUGGAUGGCCGUAGGAAGACAAUACAGCAAUGUGUGGAGCUGGGAAAGAUCCUGCUGGCCGCAGGCAACCCAGCCUCCGAGGAGAUAAAGGAGAAGUUGGAUGCGCUCCUGGCUAAGCAGAAGGAUCUCUCUGAGAGAUGGGACAAACAGCAGGAGAAGCUACAGCGCAAGAAGGAUCAGUUCCAGUAUGCCCAGGAGACGGUGAAGGCGGAGGCCUGGCUGAAGGCCAAGGAGCCCCUGAUUAGCUCCAGCUCCUCCUCUAGGGUGGCUGGGGGGGCUGGAGGAGACGCCCAGGUCCAGACUGAUGAGGUGGAGCAACUCAUCCUCCGCCACGAGGCCUUCCGCAAUGCUGCAGCCACCUGGAAGGAGCGCUUCAGCUCACUGAGACAGCUCUCCAAUGCAGAGAAGCUGAGAGAAGAACAGAGCAGCAAGCCUUCCCCAAUGCCACUCUCCAGUCGGAGGAUGUUCCCAUCAUCCUGUCUCACUCCGACCAUUCCUCUUGCUACCUCAACUCUGCUGAGACAGACGGUCCAGGUGCAUAUUGAGCCCAGGCCCAAGCAGACCAGUCUGGAGAUGUCUGCCUCUGCCUCCUCUGCAGCCCAAAGGUUGUGUUCUACCAUAGCCAGCUACGCUCCUGUCAUAAAUGGCUCUGGUUACCAUGGACUGGACAAUCAGAGCAGCAGCGGGGGAUUGGAGAGUUCCAACUACCCUGGACUUCCGGGCAGUGGAGGAGUGGACAGCAGCUCUAGUUACCUUGGAGGGAACCAUCAGACUGGCUCCCCGCCAGUGGAUAGUUCUGGCUACCUUGGACUGAACCAUCAAAACAGUGGGGGUAUGGUUAGUCCAGGCUACCUACCUCAAAACCAAAGUAGUGGGGGUAUGUGUGGUCCAGGCUACCUACCUCAAAAUCAAAGCAGUGGGAGUAUGGGUAGCCCAGCCUACUUGCCGCAAAAUCUAAGUAGUGGGAGUAUGGGUAGUCCAGGCUACCUGCCACAAAAUCAAAGUAGUGGGGGUAUGGGUAGUCCAGGCUACCUGCCACAAAAUCAAAGUAUUGGGGGUAUGUGUAGUCCAGGCUACCUGCCGCAAAAUCAAAGUAGUGGGGGUAUGGGUAGUCCAGGCUACCUGCCUCAAAAUCAAAGUAGUGGGGGUAUGGGUAGUCCAGGCUACCUGCCGCAAAAUCAAAGUAGUGGGGGUAUGUGUAGUUCAGGCUACCUGCUGCAAAAUCAAAGUAGCGGGGGUAUAGGUAGUUCAGGCUACUUGCCGCAAAAUCAAAGUAGUGGUGGUAUGGGUAGCUCAGGCUACCUUGCACAAAAUCAAAACAGUGUUGGGAUUGGUAGCUCAGGCUACCUUGGGAAAAAUCAAAGUAGUGGGGGUAUGGGAAGUACUGGCUACCUUGCACAACACCAAGGUAGUGGGAGUAUGGGUAGUUCAGGCUACCUUGCGCAAAGUGUUGGGGGUAUGGGUAGUUCUAGCUAUCUGCCUCAAAGUGGUGGGGUCAUGGACCCCAAAAUGGCAUAUGCGUGGCAGCAUCUGAAAGCUGACUGCAUGCAGCCCAGGAUCAACCACAUGCACAAAGCUGUCAACCCCCUCCUGGAGGCCAGCAGGGCACAGAGGGAACAGUUUGGGGACAUCCCCAUGGUGGACAUGAUCGGGCCAGAGUCUGGCCUGGAUCUCCUCCACGGCAGGCUCCAGAGGGACCCUCGCGGCAGCCGCUCCGACCCCCAGAUGGACCACCUGCGGCGGGAGAGGGAGUAUAAGCUGGGUCGGCAGACCUCCAGCGAACAGGAGAUUCAGGCGCGGCUCAACGAGCUGCCAAUGAUUGUGCGCCAGGAGCGCUAUAGGCGACGCCUGGAGAGGCAGUCGUCCAGCGAGCAGGAGGGCAGUGGGAAGGCGAGGACACCGAGGCAGGACGACUCCAGCGACAUGGAGUCAGCCAAGGAAGGCUCCGACAAGCGCUCAAUAGAGAAGAGAGCCACCACCAUGGCUGAGAUUGUGGAGCAGGCCCAGGAGAGAGAGGCAGCACAAGCUCGAGGGGAGAUGUACCGCCCCACCAGCAGCCUCUCAGCACCCGUGACCUACGAGCGCCCGCGAGCCCGAGACCGCCCCAAACCCCGCAGGAGACCCCGCCCCAAAGAGCCUGAGGAGAAGCGACGCUCUCGCUCGGCUCCGGCCCAGAGCCCGGCACAACUUCUGCCACCCUCACACACUGCCCAUAAUGAAGGCUUCCUAUACCGCAAACACGACUUUGAGGGGCACCAGAAGAGUCCCAGCAGUAAGUCCUGGGUGAACUUGUAUUGCGUGUUGUCAAAGGGAGGGAUCACUUUCUACAAGGACGCCAAGAGCACCACCACACCUUACAAUGAAGAAACCCCACUCGACCUGAGCGUCUGUAUAUGUGAUAGCACCAUAGGAUACAAGAAGAAGAAAAAUGUCUUCGUUAUCAAGAAAAAUGAUGGCAAUGACUAUAUUUUCCAUGCAAAGGAUGAGGAGGACCUGAAGGCUUGGGUCACUAACAUCACCACCAGUAUAACUGAACAUGAGGAGAUCGCCAAGUGGGACAAGCCCACCACCUCGUCCACAGAUCCCGACCGCUCGGAGAGGAAGGAGAAGUCAGAGGGCGACGCAGACGCCAGGUCAGAGAGGUCUGAGAUGGGAGGAGAGGUGGAGGAGGAGGAGAGGUCAGAGAAAGAGAGGUCUGAGAAGGGAGAGGGGUCCAAGAAGACGGGAGAAGGCUCAGAGAAAGCAGACACGUCGGAGAGGGGUGAGAGGGCAGAGGGGGGGGCAGGGGGCUCCAGCACGUCAGGGAAGAGCAAAUGAUCCCCGCUGAGUGGAGGAGUGGACUGGCGUCCAACCAUCUAAAGCC